CGCCGGUCGAGGAACAGGCAUGUUACGGAAGAGGACGUUGUUUUCACAACGAUCGUAGAUAUAUCACUGCACCCAGGUGGCGGAAUAACAACACAUGCUUUUGCUAGAAGAAAAUGUUUAUAGUGAGAAGGCAGAAGUGGCGUAUUGCUGAUUUACUGUCGCACACAUUUAUUCGACAGUUCCCAGACUGUGUAAGAAGAGUGUAAAUAUGGCUUCUGUCGGUCACUUAGUGUGCAGGUGGUGGUUGUGUCGUCUCGGUAGAUCCCCAGCAGUUUCCAGGCUCAGCAGAUCGUUCACCACCUCCAGCACACGCAGGGAUAUCAUGCCAGCCUGGGUCAUUGACAAAUAUGGAGGCAAUGAUGUUUUACGGUUCACUAAAAACGCCAGUUUCCCCGUCAUCAACUACCCCAAUGAGGUCAUCGUCAAAGUGUGUGCUGCAGGACUGAACCCACUGGACGUCAGCAUGAGAGGGGGCUAUGGUGCCGCUACACUCUCUAUGAAGAGGGACCCUCUGAAUAUCAAGCAGACGGGCAGCGAGUUCCCUCUCACCCUGGGGAGGGACGUGUCUGGGGUCAUCAUGGAGUGUGGCUUGGAUGUGAAAUACUUCAGAGAAAAGGACGAGGUUUGGGCAGCGAUCCCACCAUGGAAACAGGGCAGCUUAGCUGAGUUUGUGGUGCUAAGUGCCAACGAGGUGUCCCACAAACCAAAGUCACUGAGCCACCUAGAGGCAGCAGCCAUUCCAUAUGUGGCAGCCACCGCCUGGUCAGCACUGGUCAACACUGGUGGGCUCAGUAAGGACAACUGUGCCAAGAAGCGGAUUUUGAUUCUCGGAGGAUCUGGGGGCGUGGGAACCCUUGCUAUACAGAUGCUGAAGGCGUGGGGGGCCCAUGUGACUGUUACCUGCUCCCAGAAUGCCGAGCGGCUUGUAAGGGGGCUGGGGGCGGAUCACGUGGUGGACUACACAGCUGGACCUGUCGAGGGGCCGCUCAGUGCACUGGAGAAAUUCGACCUGAUCCUGGAUAAUGUCGGUGGGGACACGGAGCGUUGGGCGUUGGAUCUGCUUAAGCCUUGGAGCGGCGCCAAGUAUGUCACCCUUGUGACGCCGUUCCUCCAGAACACCGACCUGCUGGGUGUUGCUGAUGGCAUGAUGCAGACGGCUGCUACUGUUGCCACCAAGGCCCUCAAGCACCUUGUUAAAGGAGUUCACUAUCGUUGGGGAUUCUUUGCACCAAGCGGCCCUGCCCUGGAUGAAAUAAGGGAAAUGGUGGAUGUGGGACAGAUCCGACCUGUGGUGGAGGAAACGUUCAGAUUUUCCCAGGUGCCCCAGGCCAUGGAGAAGAUGGAGAAGGGUCACGCCCGAGGAAAGACUGUUGUCCAGGUCAUCAACGAGGGCGAUGACUCAUAGCGACGACUCUUGGACACUGUGCAUUCCUCUGAAUGACUAUGAAACAAAUUAAAUCAGGUCUUAGGUUAUUGUAUCCCCAGCUGCUCAGAUACAUAAUGUAUAUAAACAUUAAACAUGGUCACUAGAGUUA